AUGCAAGAUAUGAAAGGGGUUUGUCGUCAGCUCCGAAAUUCUUAUGGGUGUUUGGAUAAAAUGGUGGCUCAAUUAAAGACGGAGCUUGAUGUUGCUCAAUUGGCUUGUGAUCUAGACCCGUUUAAUGAUUUGCUGAAAGAGGAUAUUGCUCACCUUUUGCUAGCAUAUAUCAAAGCUAGAAAUGAUCAAAUGGAAAUAGUUCGACAAAAAGCAAAGAUUUCUUGGCUUAAUGAAGGGGAUGGAAACUCAAAGUUUUUCUUUCAUGCUAUGAAAGAGAAGCGUAAUAGGAGCCAUAUUGCUACUAUUCGGGAUUCUUUUGGUAUUCUGGGUAAUUCUAGUAUGUUGGUUCGACCUUCUAUGGUGGAUUGCUCGUUUGUUCACUCUUUAUCGUUAGCGGACUCUCUGCAUUUAAUCAGGCCAAUUUCGGAUAUGGAAAUACAGGAUGCUCUGUUUGAUAUUGGGAAUGAUAAGGCUCCUGGUCCUGAUGAGUUUUCAUCAAAGUUCUUUAAAGCGGCUUGGAGUGUGAUUCCAAAUGCUUCAUGUGUUACUGAUUAUCGUCCCAUUGCCUGUUGUAAUGUAUUGCUGAAAUGUAUCAGUAAAAUUAUUGCAGUUCGGAUAAAAGGCUCUUUGGAUGUUCUGAUUAGCAAGGCUCAAUCUGCGUUCAUUCCUGGACGCCAGAUAACUGAUAAUAUUUUAAUGGCGCAUGAGCUUGUAGCUGGUUAUCAAAAAUCUCAAGGGGAGCCAGAGUGUACGUUUAAGAUUGAUAUUCGGAAAGCCUAUGAUACAGUUGACUAG